UCGUUAUGGAUGUUUGUUUCUUGGACUAGCAAAUCUUUUCUCUUCUUCCUUGUCAUUUGCCACUAUUUUUAGGUUUUUCUUGAGGGGUUUUGUUUGAGAAAUUGUAAAAGUCUGUCUGUUGAUUACCCACUUUUUUUUAGGUUUUUUUUUUUUUUUUUUUUGAGGUGGGGUUUAUAGAAAGUCUUCAAAUUAUCUCUAAGAGAUGAAUAUGGUUUCUUGAAUCAUCAUUUCAAGUCAAAUUCCUGAGCUUUCCACCUCCUAUAUCUCUUCUUAGGUUCUCUUGAGGGGGGUUCUUGAGAGUUUAUGAAGUAUGUCUACAGAAGGCUGGUUCAAUGAAUCAUCUUCUUCUUCUCCUCUGAGUCAAAUUCCUGAUCUUUCUUUACAAAUAAGACCUCCAAAUAGUGCUCCUUCAAUUUCUACAGCCACAAAUGAAGACGAAGAAGAAGAUUCAACCUUCGAUAUUUGGCAAAAUGACCUAAAAUCUCACAGCCAUACCUCCAUUAAAGCUCCAGAGAAAGCAGCGACUGUAGACACCGAGCUCUCUCUAGCUAACCCUGCCGCUUUCAACCCAGAAGACGAGAGUCGUCAGAGAAGAAGAAGAAGUUGUUUACUUCAUCCAUCCCAAAUAAGUCAUCUCAAUCAUGGAAUUUCUCUCCUUGAUGUUUCAGGAUUCAAACCCAUCAAAGGGAUUCCAGUUUACAACUUGCCAUAUUUUGAAAUCCCAUAUUCUUCACGUUCAUCUCAAUUGAUGAGCUCUUCGUAUGGAGCUUACAGAUCGAUUCUAGGAGCUGCACCACCAAGGUUUAAUGGUGGGAUAUCAUCAGUGGAGCCUGAGUUUCAAUAUGAAGUUGGAGUUGGCUCUUCGGAGCUGUUGAAUUGCAAGAUUAGAUCAAGAUUUAUCCCUCAUAAGCUUCAUCAUCAAAACAAGAGGAAUAUUAGGGCUCCAAGAAUGCGUUGGACUAGCUCUCUUCAUGCUCGUUUUGUUCAUGCAGUUGAACUCCUCGGCGGCCAUGAAAGGGCAACUCCAAAGUCAGUUCUUGAAUUCAUGGAUGUCAAAGAUCUUACACUAGCUCAUGUCAAAAGCCAUUUACAGAUGUAUAGAACUGUUAAAAGCACUAACAAGCCUGGAGCUUCCUCAGGUAACGAAGACUUCUUCUCAGUAGCAACUUCUCUUCAUCAAAAUGAUAACUCUUUAAUCAUUGAGAAUGGAGUUUCAAAUGAAUCGCCAGAAUAUGUCAAUGGUCACCCUUCUAAUCUAAGGAAUGAACUUUCUAGUGAAGGAGAUUGGCUACAAAACAGUUCAAGUAAUGUGGAUGAGCAUAGAUCAGAAACAGAAAUAUCUAAACAACAAUCACCUGAAUUUCAAUCUCAGGGAAGCACUUUUGCUCAAGCCAGAAGCACUUUUUUUGAAUCCAGUAUAGUGGUUCAGCAGAAUCCAAGCUUAGAAUUCUCCCUAGGAAGAUCAAACUGCUGCAGCAAAGAACAUGACUGAACUAAGUAAAUUAACAAGCAAAUAAAUAAAUAAAAAUAAGGGUAUCUGUUAGGGCUGGAUUUGAUUCCAAUUUGUUUAAGCACAAAUAUUUGAAUCAAUUCAAAUUUGACUUAUUCAAUUCGAGCCUAAGAAGCUUGGAUAGAAUCCAGCCUUAGGUAUUGUAAAGCUAUGGAGGGUUAUUUUAUUUGACUGAUAAUUUUUUCUAUUUCACAUGCAAUUAUUGGAUCCGUUUCUUGCUGA